AUGGUGCCCGCCCCAGGGGCCCCAGGCCCCGGCGGAAAGGCCCCGGACCUCGCGGCCUCCGAGUCGCCUUCGCCGGGGAGAUCGGGCUCGGGCUCCAAGUUCUCGUCCCCGACUUCCUUCUCGCGGCCGCAGACCGCGAGUCCGGGGUCGGGCGGGUCGCCGCCGCGCCGGGCCGGGCGGGGCGGGAUGGCGGCGGCCGCGUGGCUGGAGGCCGGCCUGGCCCGGGUGCUCUUCUACCCGACGCUGCUCUACACGCUGUUCCGCGGGAACGCGCCCGGCCGCGCGCACCGCGAGUGGUACCACCGCAUGGACCGCACCGUGCUGCUGGGCGCGCUGCCGCUGCGGAGCAUGACGCACCGGCUGGUACGCGACGAGAACGUGCGCGGGGUGGUCACCAUGAACGAGGAGUAUGAGACCAGGUUCCUGUGCAACUCGGCCAAGGAAUGGAAGAAAGUAGGAGUCGAGCAACUGCGGCUCAGCACAGUAGACAUGACUGGGAUCCCCACCUUGGUGAACCUCCACCGAGGAGUCCAGUUUAUUCUCAAGUACCAGUCAUUGGGCCAGUGUGUCUACGUGCAUUGUAAGGCUGGGCGAUCCAGAAGUGCCACUAUGGUGGCGGCAUAUCUUAUUCAGGUGCACAACUGGAGCCCAGAGGAGGCUAUAGAAGCUAUCACCAAGAUCCGGUCACACAUCUGUAUCAAACCCGGGCAGCUGGAAGUUCUUAAAGAGUUCCACAAGGAGAUUUCUGCAGGGGCAGCAGGGAAUGACACAUCAAAUGUACGGAUUAGAAGGAACACCAGAUGACCCUGCUUGAUACAAAAUAAAAGUUUUAUAGUACCAAAGGGGCUUAAGCCAAGAUUUGACCUAACAGAAAUGUACUAAGUAGUCAAUAAUUUUGCUUCACCUUACUUCACUUUUCUGAAAUAACACUGUUGUAUGAC